CUGGACGCGACAGUUGCAGGAAAAUUUGUUAGUAUUGCAUUGCAAAUCUGCCGAAAGAUCGCUGCAUUGCAGCGAAAUGCGCGUGGGGUGGCAGUUGUGGUUGGCGGCGGCGGCUCUUGCGAAGACCAUCGACUACGACGCGUUAGAGAGACAAUGGGAGAGUGGAGACAAAGAAGAUGAGCUCCUCUCAGACGAUGAACUCGACUACAAGCGGACUGGCACAUUAGAAAAAUCCGAGAUUGUGUUUGUGACGCUAAAGGAAUCUGCGAUCGACGCCAUGGUACCCGUGGACCCUGUGGUCUCUGCCGUGUCCGAGCUGUGUGCGACUUGGAAACACAUGCUUAUGCAUGGCGGACUCUCCGUUAACUUUUACGAGCUGGAAGCAUACAAAGUAUUGGCCGGGUUGCAGCACGGUUCGCGAGUGACGGACCUCCGCGACUUCUUGCUCGAACAGCACCAAGUUCAGGAAGUCACUUGGGACCAGAGGACAUAUCAUCCCAAACAUGCUAGCAAGUUGCAGGCCAAGCCCCAAAAAGCGCUCAAACCGUCAAAUUCCAAGCUCAAGUCGAAGAAGAAGCGGUCCAAGAAAGAUGAGCUGUAAAGCCACUUGUACAAGCACAUACAACGUUCGCGCAGCCAAAUUUAUCAGGACCUUGGCUUGGUGCGCGCUAAGGACCUGCCGAUGACAGCAUAGGCGAGUGCAACUCCACGAGCAACGCAUCCAAAUGCCCCAUUCUUAUCACUCAAUCGACGAGAGUGUUGUAAAAGGUGAUGUUUGCAGCGGUCGCAGUGGGUUUGCUGCAUGACAUGUUGUUGAGAUUUGAGUUGGCCAUUCGGUCCAACCGGGAGUACGUGCGUCAACACGUGUGGAAUGCCAUCGUAUCAUUUCAAAUAAGCAUCUUGUUCACGAA